CUGCAUUUGGUCCCUCGUCAUCCAGUUCAAUUUCCUCAAUAAUUUCAAAAUUCUCUUCCUCAUCAUCAUAACCUUCCUCCAUCCUAAAAUUACUUUACAAAACACAAAUUUAAACACAAAUUUUCCCAAACUGUUAUCGAUUUAAAAUCCAAAAAUUGCAAUUUUUUUCAAACAUUCUUCCCCGUCCCAGUUCUUCCGUGGUCAAUUCAUGCGCGGUCAAAACAAUCAAAACAACAUGGCCGACAAAAAAUCAACAAAACAAGACGAAUUAUUAACAAGUUCGAGGACGGAAAAAACGGAAAGUCCUGCCGAUUUUUUAGGUAGCUCUUUUGAAUAAUAAAGAGACACUAUUAUCCUUUCUAAAUACUCUUUUAAAACGUUUAUUCCGCCUAAAUAUAGCCUGAAACACACCAAUAUAAAAUCCGAAGGAGUGUGAAAUUUAGAAUUAAACUUUUUUGUUAUUUUGAAUUAAAUUUCCAGCGCGAGUCGGCGUAACUCGACAGAUGCAAGAAGUUAUUUCUAUAAUAUUGGAGAAUAGACCUGAAGAUCCCGUAGCAUAUAUAGCCGAGUAGUGAGUAAUUUAUUUUAAUAUUGCAGUCAGAAACUCGGAAUUAGAAUGUUUAUUAUUAAAACCAUUUCAUAUUAUAAAGUCUAUCUACUAUAAAUCGGGCUAAUUAUUCUGCAUUAUGCAGACAUUAUCUGUUUGUUUGAACUUCUAACACUCCAAACCAAUUUCUGAAUUUCUUCAUAUAGUUUUGCCAACAUAGCCGAGCAUGUAUCAAGCGUUUCUCAAGCUUAUCAACACUUAUGUCUGAGUCAUCACAACCAGCCUUCAUUCGAGAACAAUCUGUUGAAAGCCUACGCUGUUUUAAAUAGACAGAAAUGUGGCCAGGGCUUGAAAGGAUUGACUGGAAAAUCAUAUAACGAACUACUGGAUAUGUUAUGCAGGUAACUCCUAAAGUAAACAGCGCAGAUAACGGUCUUUAUACCCAAAAAUUUUAUUCACAUAUAUUUGGCUUUGUAAUGGAAUAGAAGGCCCCUGGCUGGGUACGAGGUUGUUAUCGACAGCAGUUGCCAUAUAGAUUCUCACUAGCCUUAACUUCAAUUGAUUUGUUCUUGGGAUGGCAGUAGAUUCGAGUUUCAAGCCAACUAAAAAUUACCAGGAAACUAAUAUAAUUCACUUUGGCAAUUUUAUUAUACUUGCCACCGUUUCUCAGACGUAAUCCCAUCACGUUAAUUUUGGACAUUCACAGCUAAGAGAACGCGAGGAAUAUGCUAAUGUCAAAUAUUUCCUUUUCUCCAAGGGAUAUUGCAUCAAAUGAAGCGGACACAUUGCUGAACAUGCUGCAAAAACGAGAACAAGGGAUUGUUAGGUUUAAUGUCUUCGCUUCUGGCGUGACUUGCUGUUUCUUAUUUAAAGGUGGGUAAAACUUUGUCAAUGAUCACAACCACGAUGGCACGAUUUACCUUAAGAAACAUCUUAUUGUUUAUUUCCAUACUCUAUGCAGAUUUUAUUUCGCAAGCCAAGUCGCUGUUUCAAGAUUUAGACUUAUCUGGUAGAGGUAGGAUAUCUUCUUUAUUGCUCAAAACUUGCUUAAUUUGUCUUCAUUCUUAAAUCUUCUUUUAUCUUCCAUAUCAUUCUUUGUCUUAUUUCGCAGGUCAUGCAGAUUAUACGCUUUGUGUUGCGAUGCUAUCCCAACUGACGACAACAGUAUCACAAACGAACGAAAAUUCUUCCCUCAGGUAAAAUGUCAACUCCUACCGCAAAAAGAAGAAAGCGAACGAGUUCCCUCAGAAUCUGCGAUUCAUUAAAAUACCCGGUGACACCUCAUAAGUCACGCGCUUAUUGGGCACGCGACUAUGAAGUAUAGACCCAAUAAUUAAAGUUCGUUUUCUAUUUCCAGUAUUUUAGAAGCUGGUGUUUCUUUGAGUACGCAAAAUGUCGACAUUGCAAUGAAGAAGGCAAGUGUGGAAAACUUCCAUUACUGAAAGUCUUGUAAAUCCUGCUUAUUUCUAAAAUUUUAAUUUCAGGCUCUCGCUGACAGCUUCUCACACAACACUGGAAAAACAAUGUCGUUGGACGAGUUUGCACAUCAAGCUGGCAAAAUUUUCUUCACAAAGGUAUUCUAAUGUUCCUACUUUUUAGUAAUUCUGAACUUGCAACAAUUGCACAAAUAUAAACUGGAGCUGUUUCACUUUUUUAGAUACCAACAUCAGAGAGCAAUGAAAUUCCAUGAAAUUGAAGUAUUAUACUCAAAUACGAAAACAAUAGAGAGACUAUAUUGUAUGGUUGUCAAAAUAGGACUAUAUCUAUAAAUGACAAAGAUAAAAAGUAUUUAUAUCCAAUGCAAUCGCCACUACUGUAUAUGUUUAAAAACCUUUGUAACAUAAAAUUGUAUUUCUGUAAAUUGCACAAUAAAUUGUAAAUAGAGGUCGUUUCUUCACUUUCGGUACCUUUACUUCACACAAUUUUGGGCUCAUAAAGGCUGGUGUACACUAUCAAAGUUUCUGUGAUCACAGUAGGAAUUUUGCAUCGGUAAAUUCUAAGUUUUGAAGGAUUUGUAAGAAAUGUUUGAGUAGAACUGAUGCAGUGUUAAACACUUUGUCAGUUCCCUCAAACAUUUCUUACAAAUCCUUCAAAACUUAGAAUUUACCCAUGCAAAAUUCCUACUGUGAUCACAGAAACUUUGAUAGUGUAAACCAUCUAAGUAAAAGGAAGUUUUGUAAUAAUACUACAUUCAACACAAUGAAAUCUAACUAGUUACCCUAUAAUAAACCAAACUCAAGUUAGGCAGAAUGAAAUCUAACUAUAACCCUAUAAUAAACCAAACACAAGUUAAAUUAAGCUGCUGCAGCAGUGGAUGUACUAAACCCUAUGAGUAUAUCAGAAUAUGUGUUCUCCCACACUGGAAACCGUACUGAACCAUAGAACCAACUACGAUUAUGAAAUGGCAAUUUGAUAAACGACAGUACUCGAUUGAAACUGGUGACCACCUUUUGAGCGUCUAUCGUGUCAUUCAGUGGUGCAAGACAAGUUACCCGCGAUAUGCAUUCAGGAAUUUCAGAACCAAACCGGCCUGCCACAAAAGUUCCCUUUCUGUCCAAAGUAAUCAUACUCGAUCCACAGUUACCACAAAUGUCUCCAGUAUAAAUAUCAUUGGUUGGUUCGCUUGUUUGAUUUAGUUUAAAAGUAGAAGAGUGAUCAUCCUUUUUCAAGUCCACUACAUCGUCCUGUAAUCUUGUUCGCCUCUUUCUAACGGAUUGUGAGAUUUUCAGAGAGUAUUCAGAAUGUCCUAUUUGUCCCAUAAAUGAUAGAGACGGAAUUGAUUUGGCAUCCAUUCUAGGUGUGCCUUGAUGGCCUUUGCUUGAAAAGCAAAUGGGAGUGGAGAGAAGCAAUGCGAUAGACAACGAAUAAGCCAGAGCACAACCCAAGAUUGUCU